AAGGAAAAGGUUUGCUGCAUGUAACAUAUGGGAUCUGGAAGACAAAUAUGGAAAUGUAUUAAGGAAUGGUGUUAACUCUCUCUAGUUCCUCUGUGCAAGACUUGAAAGCAAAGGGAUUUCAUAUUGCUUCAGUUACUUCAACACUACUCCCUAUGUAACUUUUUGUGACAGUGAAGUUGGAGGAGGAGGACAAGGAAGGUGUGCCUGCAGUGGGAGGCAAAAAGAGACUUGUAAACAGGGGUGUGUCUGGCUACACUUGAGCCAGGGAAGAGCAGCAGCAAUCUCUGAGCUUGUCUCAGCAAGAAUCAUGGUACCUGCUAGUGUUUCCUCUUUCCUGAAAGGGAAUUACCAUAUUUAUGCAAAUGUAAUGCUCAUCUUUUUGGGCUAAAUUGCCUCACCAAAAUUAGGGUGUAAAUUUGUGUAAUAUUGUAAUCUUAUUGCUGAGGCAAAGCAAAAGGAGAACAUGCUUUACUGACCACUAUGUAAAACAUAUAUAGUUGGCCCUCUGUAUCCACAGAUUCUCAGUACAAUGGUCCUUUGAAAUCAGCCAUAUGGCUGAUGUGGCCCUCAAUGGAAAUGAGUUCGGCACCCCUGAACAGCAGACACAGUAUGUUUUAGUGCCCUUCCACACAGCCAUAAAUCCAGAAUAUCAAGGCAGAAAAUCACACAAUAUCUGUUUUGGACUGGGUUAUCUGAUUCCACACUACUAUAUAUUCCAGUUCAAUGCAGAAAAUGUGGGAUUUUAUUCAUCUGUGUGGUAGGGACCUGGGUCAGUUUUUUUUGUUUCAGAAAACCUCUGUUGAAUGAACUGUGCAGUGCCUUGGGUUCUCUCAUGGGAGGUUGGGUUUCAAUAAUGUUUAUUUCCUUGUUUGAUAAGCAGAUCUCUUCUCAAAGGCAGCAACUUAGUUGAACCCUGUAAUGACUACCUUCAUGCCCUCCUCUCAGGACUCUUUCCAGCCUUAAAAUCAUAGAUUUAUAGAUCAGCCUUAUCUCACAACUCUUCCUUGGUUGUCAAAUAUUUGUUAUAAAGCUGUUGGGACCUUCUGAGGCCCUCCUUUUCUGGUAUCUCUUUGCUUUCUUCAUGAGAUUGCUGGGAGCUGCCACCCUCAGGUUCAGUCACUGGUAUUUCCCGUUCCAAGUUGUGUGGCAUCUCUCAGCAGCUGGCAAUUAUACCUGCUCUUCCCCUUCACUGUCUGACGGCCCUGCCAGACGGGCCCUAUAUCCCAGGAUCUGAUCCCAGGUUUUCUGCUUUAAACUUCAUUAUAAUGAGUCUGCACUGCCAGAUAAUCUGGGAUAAACAGAAAACCUGAGAUCAGAUCCUGGGAUAUAGGGCCUGUCUGGAAGGGCCCUGUGUCCUGAGUGCAGGGCAUGACACUACCUGCGGAUAGCUGUUAAGGAGCUUCUGGUCAUGAAUCUUGCUAAUUAUAUCAGGAGUAUUUUUUUUCAAAUGGAGUUAUUGAGCCAGUCCCAAUUUCUGCUAGAAGUGCAAAGACAGGCUAUCCUUUUUGUCAACUGUUGUCCCCUGUGUGGGUCCCUCUGUGGCAUUGUCUAAUGGUGCCAAAAGAGCUCUAGCAAAUGCAGAUGGUAUCAUUUUGUGUGUGUUCUCUGUUAAUGGGCUUUCAUCUUAGUCUGUCUUGAGUUCUGUUGCAGUAGUGCAUUUAUCUAGCUGCCCUUCCAUGGCUCUGUUUUAUAAGUACAAGACAGGUGAUCGCUGAGCUCCUCUUUGUCUAGGAAGGGCAGUAUUUCAUUUUAUAUUAAUAUUUUUGCUUUCCAUGAACCUAUUUUCCAUUAUUGUGCAUUUUAAAAUGGCUAGACUUUUGCUCUGUAAGUAAAACACCUGAUGAUGGCCCCAGUAAUGGAAGACAUAGAGUUUCCUGGUAAACUAAAAGUUCAAAACCAAAUUCAAGCUAACCUCUUUUAGUGAAUCUGUGUGGGAAACUAAAACACUCAUCCUCAGCAGACUAGAUACUGUGGAACUUGUUGAGUAGGAAGUAUAGGAGUUGUAAUAAUAUGCAUCUGAAGAGUUUGACCCCUGAGAAAAUUCUGUAUGUCAAAAAAUUCAACAAAACAGAAGCAAGAACACGUUUUUUGAUAACUUAUGAAAAGAUGACUAUGGCUUUGAUUCGCAACAGGCUGGGGCUGCUCGUCCUUGGAGUCCUCGUCACCUUUGUCCUCUACCUCUUGCUCCCUGCCAUUCAACAUGAAAGAUUUACUGCCUCUGUUGACAUCCCCAAGCCACGAGCUAUGGAAGAAGCGACAAGGAAACGUCAAGGCACUGGCAACAGCACCAUCUUGAUAGGCACAGUCCUACAUAACCCACCUGUUUUCUUUAGAGAAGCUGCACCAGUACAGAAAGAUGGGGUUCCUUCUUCUGAAAGGCUGCCAGUGAUUUUUCUGCAUGGACAGACCUUUACUUCCAGAACAUGGGAGGAAUUGGGAACUCUGGCUUUGCUUUCUGAGAAUGGAUAUCGUGCAGUAGCUAUUGACUUGCCAGGCUAUGGAGAAUCUCUGCAAUCCAGUGAUGUUGAGACAGCAACAAGCCGUGUUGCUUUCUUGCAACUAGUCCUAAAGGAGCUGGGUCUUCAGAAGCCUGUGUUGAUAAGUUCCUCCAUGAGCGGCCGCUAUUCCAUUCCAUUUCUCCUGAGCAGCGGGGAUCAACUAAGUGGCUUUGUGCCUAUCUCACCAGUGGGCACUAAGGAAUUCACUACUCAGCAGUAUCAGCAAGUCAAGACUCCUACUUUGAUCAUCUAUGGAGAACAUGACACUGGCUUGGGCACACAAUCUCUUCAGAGCCUUCAGCAGAUCCCCAAAUCUAAAGUUGUCAUGCUGCCUGAAGCUGGCCACGCGUGCUAUGUUGAUAAGCCUCAGGAGUUCCACAAAGCUCUCCUGAACUUCCUCAGUGAGCUAAAAUGACUGUGAUGUCCUAUCCUGUCCUGCCUUCCUCUCCCUGAGAAAGACUUGUGACUGAAUUUCUGCCGUGUAACUGGGGUACUGUGUGUUUGAAUUUGUUUCUCCGUAUCUAAAGGGCUUAUAGGUCUCAUUGAUUCUUGAUGGGAAGACCUUCUCACUGCUUGUUCUCGGGGCUGCUUUUGUUGUGUCUCCUUCAGGUUUGACUUUCUGAAUUUUGCAGUCUGGCAGCAAUAUUGGAUCAAGUGUUUAUGGAGUAGGGGACAGCAACUUUUUCAAUCUAUUUAUUGCAACAGGGUCUGGAGGACUUGAGCUGCACAUUCCCAACAGCCCUUUGCCUCGUUCAGAUUUGUCUUUUCUAGAUGCAACUUCAACUUCACUUCCUUUUUUCAGGAGCACAAUCCACUGAUGUUAAUGCCAUGGCAGCACAUUCUCAUUGUUUCCCGACUCCUUUUUUUUUUUUUUUUUAAGUUUAAACAGAUUUACAAAUGCACAAACUGAUUGUCUUUAUUUAUACAUUUUAAAGAUAGAUUUUAAAGAUAUUUUAAAGGUACAAUACAAAAUGGAUCUGUAAUAGGUAAAAAAGGAGAUGGGGAAGAAAAAGUAACAUUGAAAUGAGAUAUGAUAAAGGUCAAAGUAAUCCUCCUCAGUGCACGUGUCUGAGCAGUCCUGUCCAUUGAGCAUCUUUUGAAUCCACAAACCUACCAGGUCAUUAUUGUGUUUUACAUUUGGAAGCAGCAUCUUUAUGUCUUGUAAUCCACUGGCAAAACUGGCUACAGAAUUCAUUCCCAGGAGGGAGAAAACGGCAGAUCUGUAAAGGAGGGAAGUACUUUAUUCCUUGAAGAUUUGGGGGUUUCUCCACUUUAUAGUAAUGCCUUGGGGCCCCCAGCUGUAAGAAAUGGGUUGUAUGUUGGUAUUUUAUUUUGUUAGCAAGUGUUAUGGCUCUUGCCCAAGAAAGGUACAAGAAGAUUAAUGUAUCAGGUUUUCCAGGGAAUGUAGUCCAUGUUGCAAUAGCGGAUGGUUGUUCCUGCCCACUAGGUCAUAAGCUAUCUUUUUUUUGUGUUGCAAAACUGUUGAAGGGUCAAUAAAUAAUUUGUACAGAU